AUGACACCUUCUCAAACGCUUAUCACUCUCUUCAUCUUUUCUAUUUUAAGCUUCUCUCACGCGACUACAGCUCCUCCCAAACUGCCAAAACCAAAAGCCAUUCACCUUCCGAUUAGAAAAAAUCAAACAACUUCCCAGUACUACACCACAUUUGUGUCUGGACACCCUGAGUCACCUACCAUAAUUGAUGCAUUGAUUGAUCUUGGAUCACCAUCUGUUUGGUUUGAUUGUACAUCCUAUGUGUCGUCUUCAUAUAAUCGAAUAGCAUGUGGUUCAAGUAAAUGUAAGAAGGCCAAGGGGUCAUUUUCCUGUUUAACGUGCGACUCGACUCCUAGACCAGGGUGCUCCAACAACGCAUAUGGUAUCUUCGUUUACAACCCUAAUCCAAAUUACUUAACGAUUCAAGAGCUUGGUGAAGAUACAAUUACCGUAUACUCCACAGACGGUGCGUAUGUUUGGUUUAGUUACGACGCACCCAAAUUCCAAUUCGCUUGCGCAGAUUCGGUCACCGCAGAUGGCUUACCUGGUCACAAUACUAAAGGGUUGGUUGGCCUUGCAAGAAACGAAAACUCACUUCCAUCACAACUUUCAUCCUAUUUUAAGUUGGCUAAAAAAUUUACACUUUGUUUACCUUCAUCAUCUGAGAAUGGAUUGGGGGAUAUAUUCAUUGGUGGAGGUCCAUAUUACAUGCUUCCUAGCAUCGAAGAUCAAUCGCUGUCACUAGUAACCACCCCGCUUGUUUUCAAUCCGAAUGGCCCCCGUCUUCUAUCUGACGGAGAACUUUCCUAUCAGUAUUUCAUCAAUCUCAAAAACAUUGAAAUCAGCGGUAAACAUGUAGCUUUUAGUCCAUCUCUGCUAUCUUUUGAUAUAAAUGGAGUUGGGGGAACAAAGAUUAGUACUACAAUACCUUAUACGAUUUUGCACUCAUCCAUUUAUAAAAGCCUUGUUCAAGAUUUCAUAAAGGAAUCAUCACUGAAGAAAAUCAAAAGGGUACAAUCUGUCGCACCUUUUGGGGCGUGCUUUGACUCAAAGACUGCUCCCAAUACGAUAACUGGACCAGCAGUUCCAAAUAUCGACCUUGUUUUGGAAGGCAGUAAUGUAAGGAUGAGACUGUAUGGUGCAAACUCAAUGGUGGAAGCCAAGAAGAAUGUAAUAUGUCUUGCAUUUAUUGAUGGAGGAGUUGAGCCAACAACAUCUAUUGUCUUAGGUGGGCAUCAGUUAGAGAACUAUGUUCUAGAGUUCGAUCUAACUGCAUCAACACUCGGACUCUCUUCGUCUCUUCUGCUCAAGAACACAAGUUGUUCCCAUAGCAGGGUAUAUUAA